GCGAGCCUGAGGGAGGCCGCGCGGGCCCGGGAGCUGCAGGACUCGUGUUUGCUGGGCGUGGGCUAACGGUUACUGGCGCUAGCCGGCUCCGUGCGGCCCACGCGCGCCGUCGCGCCCAAGGAGUAGGCGCAGCGCCGGCCUUUCCGUGGGGGCAGCCUGUACAUUGUGAUUGCGCCUUUCCCCGUGCCGGGCGAGGUGAGGAGGCGGUGGCCGGGCCCGAGGAGGAGGGAGGGGACGGAGCGUGAUAGCCCUGGGCGCCGCCCCUUCGGCGCCUCAGGUCCGCGGCCCGGCGACCCGGAGGCACGGGGGUCGGGCCGCGGGGAAGACGGCGCGCGUGCCCCUCCUUGGAGAGAGCGGAGCCACCUGGGCCGACGGCGCUUUUGGGAUUCCCUGAAAGGCAGGAAGGAGGGCGGGACGGGGACAGCGAGCCCGAUGUGGACCCGCCCGUAUCUCUCCUAGUUAGAAAUAGUCCUUGGCGAAGAUGGAAGGGGAGAAGCGGCCGGCGCCCUACGAGGGCCUGUUUGCCGACGGGCACCUGGUCCUGUGGACUCUGUGCUCGGUGCUGCUGCCCGUGUUCAUCACCUUCUGGUGCAGCCUCCAGCGGUCGCGCCGGCAGCUGCACCGCAGGGACAUCUUCCGCAAGAGCAAGCAUGGGUGGCGCGACACGGACCUGUUCAGCCAUCCCACCUACUGCUGCGUGUGCGCGCAGCACAUCCUGCAGGGCGCCUUCUGCGACUGCUGCGGGCUGCGCGUGGACGAGGGCUGCCUCAAGAAGGCCGAUAAGCGCUUCCACUGCAAGGAGAUCAUGCUCAAGAAUGACAGCAAGGCCCUGGACGCCAUGCACCACCACUGGAUCCGGGGCAACGUGCCCCUGUGCAGUUACUGUGUGGUUUGCAAGCAGCAAUGCGGCAGUCAACCCAAGCUCUGCGAUUACAGGUGCAUUUGGUGUCAGAAAACAGUACAUGAUGAGUGUAUGAAAAAUAGCUUAAAGAAUGAACAGUGUGAUUUUGGAGAAUUCAGAAACCUCAUCAUUCCACCAAGUUAUUUAACCUCCAUUAAUCAGAUGCGUAAAGACAAAAAAACAGAUUACGCAAUGCUAGCGUCUAAGCUUGGAAAGCAGUGGACUCCAUUAAUAAUUCUGGCCAACUCUCGUAGUGGAACUAAUAUGGGAGAAGGACUGCUGGGAGAAUUCAGGAUCCUCCUAAAUCCCGUACAGGUUUUUGAUGUUACUAAAACUCCUCCUGUCAAAGCCCUGCAACUUUGUACUCUUCUUCCCUAUUACUCAGCUCGAGUCCUUGUUUGUGGAGGGGAUGGGACUGUGGGCUGGGUCCUGGAUGCAGUUGAUGAAAUGAAGAUUAAGGGACAAGAGAAAUACAUUCCACAAGUUGCAGUCUUGCCUCUGGGAACGGGCAACGAUCUAUCUAAUACCUUGGGUUGGGGUACAGGCUAUGCGGGAGAAAUCCCAGUCACACAAGUCUUAAGAAACGUGAUGGAAGCAGAUGGAGUUAAACUAGAUAGAUGGAAAGUUCAAGUAACAAAUAAAGGAUACUACAACUUAAGAAAACUCAAGGAAUUCACAAUGAACAACUAUUUUUCUGUUGGACCUGAUGCUCUUAUGGCCCUCAAUUUUCAUGCUCAUCGUGAGAAGGCACCAUCUCUGUUUUCUAGCAGAAUUCUUAAUAAGGCUGUUUACUUAUUUUAUGGAACCAAAGACUGUUUAGUGCAAGAAUGUAAAGAUUUGAAUAAAAAAGUUGAGAGCUGGAUGGUGAGCGAGUAGAACUGCCGAAUUUGGAAGGUAUUAUCGUUCUGAACAUUGGCUACUGGGGCGGUGGCUGCAGACUGUGGGAAGGGAUGGGAGAUGAGAC